UCUUGGAUACCGUCUUGCGAGAAAAGCUUCGGAACCGAAAUCUACGCAUACCCAUCUUCGUCUUGAUCGUGGAUUCAACCCACUUUUGAGAAGGAAGGGAAGGCGGAGAAAGAUGCCGGUGCGAGUUGUGGAGAGCUCAACGCCUUCCCAAGUGUCGGGUGCAAAUUCUGGAAAUACAUUACCCCAAGCUUGUUCACUUUUAACUGUUGGACAGACCUUCUCUGGCACUCAGAACGUCUCUAGUCUGCAGAACGAGAAAGAUGAAGCUUGGAGAGUUAAUGUCUGUAUUCAAGGAUGCGACCUUGAUCAUGGUUAUCUCUGUGGUACCAUGGAAGCCCUGAACGUUCCAAUGGCAGAUACACCGGUAGUGACCUUUUGGGAAGGAGAGAUUGUUGACGGCAAGAACUACACAUUCUUCACUGGCAAGUGGGAAGCAAUGCCAGAAGACGAUAUAAGGCACUGGACCAAGUUCCCAUCUUUCUUGCCUCUUCUGAGCCGAGUGGAAGCUGAUGGUGGCAAAACUUUGGACCUAAGCAAUUAUCAGUACAUAUUUAUGAGAUGGAAAGAGCAGUACUUUGUGAAUGUUGGAGAAGACUGUGGUUUGACUAUAGCUGGCUUUUACUACGUUUGCUUCUCAUGCAUUGAUGGGUCCAUCAGCGGGUUCUAUUAUGAUCCUAAAAGCAGUCCAUUUCAGAAGCUUGAACUUCAGGCCACAAACGGAGAAAGAUUGGGUUACAGUUUUUCCACCUAUGAGUUCCAGUGAACUGAAGCUUGCGGGGGAUGUCAAUACGUGGGCUAGUGCUUUAAAUUAGUUUGUGAGGCCAAGGGCAGAAGUACAACUUGGGCACUUUAAUACCACAUCCAGAAUCCAGAGAACCGCAAACAUUUCAUCAUCGUACGAGUCAGUCCGUGCUUUUCUGUGGUAGUGAUCUGUCUCUGUACUGAAUGACUCUUCUAUGCCGGUUUCCUGGAUGCGUGACUAGCAAAUGACAGGUUGGUAGUAUAGUCUGUAAUUGAUUGUGAACUAGCUUAUGCCACAGUUUCUCAUUCAUCUCUUGAGAAGAGGAGAGAAGAAAAUUAAAAAGUUUUUGGUCUUUCUGAUGUUACUGUGCAAUAUGUUUUAAAAACCAUGUUGAUCUGCCUCUGUACUGAAUGACUCUUCUCUGCCGGUUUCCUGGAUGUGUGACUAACAAGUGACAGGCUGGGAGUAUAGUCUGUGAUUGAUUGUGAA